UACCCCUUCAAAAUCCGUCAGAGCACAGCACCAUAUAUAUUUUCAGAUUCACUAUGGAGAUUCGAAAUUUUAUACGUUUGAUAUUUUUACUACUUGUAUUUCCAUUUCCACGGCCAACGGAAGCGGGCUAUCAGAUAAGUUAUCGGGAUCAAAGGCGCGUCAAACGCAUUUCAACGCCAAAUUUCGAAAAGGACAGAACUUGGGAAUUGUCGAAAUAUGUCGUCUCGAUACGAUCGCGUACGCCGCGUAAAUAUUUCGGGGAUAAUCAUUUCUGUGGCGGUGCCAUAAUAUCCCUGUCCUUUAUCCUAACUGCUGCCCAUUGCACCAUGGAUAAACGCAAGAUAAUGCAUCGCAGUCGUGUCCUUCUGGUGGUGGCUGGCACCCCGAACAGGCUCAAAUACAUAACCGAUGAGACGGUCAAUGCGCCAGUUAAGCAGGUUUUUGUUCCCGAAAACUUUACCAUAUUCAAUACCAAUAACAUUGCAUUGAUUCAACUAACCGAAGAUCUUCCCACGGAUAAUUUGCGUAUAGCGGUUAUUAAAUUACCCACUUCCGAGCCAAUACCCGGCAUGAAUUACACAGUUUUGGGCUGGGGAAGAGUCUAUAGGGGAGGUCCUUUGGCCUCGUCGAUUGUGCACAUUGAUGUCCUGAUGAUAAAUCAUACUGAAUGUGAUAAUAUGCUUAAUGUUUUCAUGCCCGAAAUGAUAUGCGCUGGCAAUUUGGAUAAUGGUCUCGAUGAGAAUCCAUGUGCCGGCGAUACUGGUGGCCCAAUGAUUCUCAACGGGACGAUCUACGGUAUUGUUAGCUAUCGUAUUGGUUGUGGCUCCACAACCCUGCCUUCGGUAUACACCAAUGUCUACUAUCAUUUAAAUUGGAUCAACGACGUGAUGACAAAUGGGAAAGGUGCCAUAAUCCACAUUACACGUCUCUCACUUGUGUCUCGGGGUUUGAUUUUUCUUUAUUUGUUUGUCAAUUGAGAGGAUAAAUAUAUCAGAUUUUAAGCAAG